CCCUAGGCCCUUUGACUGCCGAAAAAAGCCCUAACCGUUUUCACUACAAUCACUGUGCUCUGUGAAUACUCGGCCAUGGUUCACCUCUCUACGAUCAUCUCUCCCCAACAACCCGCAGUUGCUGAACAUUUGAACAAGCCAGUUCCUAAUCAGCCCAACAAUCUUGGAGAACGCCAACUGUACAAGAACCGUUUGCAAGAGUACACCCAAAGAUUAGGCUUACCCUUCCCCGUAUAUCAAACAACUAAUGAAGGAUUUCAGCAUGCCCCGAGGUUUAGGUCCACUGUCUUAGUGGAUGGAUCAUCCUAUACUAGUACAGACACAUUUCUACAGCGAAAGGCUGCAGAGCAAGAUGCUUCCAGGGUGGCAUUGGAUGAACUAACACCGAAGAUGAAAGAUGAAGGACGUCGUCUUAUUUGUAAGGAUACAGUAUUUUGUAAAUCUAUUCUCAAUGAAUAUGCAGUCAAGAUGAAUCUAGAGAUGCCCACUUAUACUACAAUUCAGCCAGGGGGCGUGCUUCCAGUUUUUGUAUCUAAUUUGGUAUUCAACGGUGCUACUUACACUGGUGACUUAGCCAAAAGCAAGAAAGAGGCUGAGCAGUUGGCAGCACGGGUUGUUAUCCAAUCUAUCAUGGGUAAUUCUGAUUCUGGAACUACUAUGUCUGAGAUCAUUAAGUGUAAAUUCAAGCUUUAUGCUCCUUCAAGUGAAGUUACAGACUCAAACAAUGCCCACAAUGACUUUAUGCCUGUGUCUGUGAUGCCUGCGGCUGUGAACUCAGGAGAUAGUUUAGGCUUUCCGCUCAGCAAGGGUAAGGAACUGGAAGGUACUGGGUGUACCAAUAGCAUGCCAACCACGGCUAGUCCAAAGACAUUGUCUGGCAAACUUAGAAAUGUUCCAGCAACAUUCGAGUCUUUCCAUGAAUUCAAAAAACCUAAAUUCGUACCAUCCUCUGAAGCAAUCACUCCACCGAUUGUGUUUGUGCCUCCAGUGCUCGAACAGUCCCUUGGUGUUGGUUCAAGUUCAGCUAAAAAGAGAAAUCGUAAGAACAAGAAGGCUAAAAGGAAAAAUCCAGCUUGAUGCUCUGCUCUGUUUCAAGCUGCUGUAACGCUUUGAAUGAAGCCCAUCCUCGUAUCCUCAUUCACUUGUUCGAUGAGAAGUGCAAUUCCAUUUGUGUACUCUGCGCGGUGCAGUUCAGGGCCUCCCUCUUCCUUUUUGGACCAUUGAUAUCUUUCCUGUACUGUAUAAGAUUAUUUUAGGACAAACCAGUCAUGAUUAGUUAGUAUGUUUUGGUGGUGGUUAUCUGUUGCGGUAUUAUGUGUAAUGGUUGAACCCCUUGCUUGUAUUCUAUGUUAGUCCCAUGUGGUUGCUGAGUUCCCUUCUAUGCAAAUAUAAGAGGGAAUGAAAUCUUCGUUUCGCUUUCUCAAAUUUGUAAUCUUGUACCGGCAACCAAUUGAAGUCUCGCUUUUCGUGA